AGCCAGAGGAAAGAGCUGAUUCAACACAAUCCCCACGUGUAUGUGGUGAGUGAGCCAGGCCCCCUUUGAAGCUUUAUUAGUGAAUCUGUCUCUGCUUUGAAAGACGUGAAUUGUGUCACACUGAGAGAAUGGCAGAUAAGAACAGCUCUACAGAAGUUAUUAUACCUGGAAAAUCAAAGAAGCUAGAUACAAAGGAAGAUGUUGCUGACAUCUUGAAGUCUAUUGAAGAGUGUAGAGGCCUCACCUGCCUCAGGCUGAGUGGGAACAGCUUUGGAGAGGAGGCCAUGACAGCCAUCGGGGAGUGCCUUGCCAACAAGCCGCAACUGUCCAAAGCACUCUGGAGUGAUAUGUUUGUCAGCAGACUCAAGGCGGAGCUACCCCCUGCAUUGACCUCUCUAGCUGGGGGUGUCAUGGCUGCUCAAGCGUGCCUGACAGAGCUGGACCUCAGUGACAAUGCAUUCGGACCAGUUGGAGUGGAGGCAUUGGUGGGAUUUCUAACAAGCUCAUCUUGUUUCACUCUUAAAAUUGCUCGCUUCAAUAAUAACGGUCUUGGCAUUAAAGGAGGGACACUGUUAUCAAAGGCUCUACUAGACUGCCAUGAGGAGGCCCAGAAGGCUGGGCAACGGUUGAGUCUGGAGGUGUUUGUAGCAGGGAGGAAUAGGCUGGAGGACGAGGGAGCAAAGGCAUUAUCGAGAUUGUUUGAGACUCUGGGUACUUUGGUCCAAGUGUGCUUACCUCAAAAUGGCAUCAAUCAUGAAGGAGUCAGUGCUCUUGCUACAGCCUUUUCCAAGAAUCCUAACCUCCAGACAAUUGACCUGAAUGACAACACUAUGACUGAAGAAGGCUCAAUUGCACUGGCCGAAGUCCUACCCAAUCUACAAAAUCUCAAAGUUCUCAACUUUGGUGACUGUCUUGUCCGAAACAAUGGAGCCAGAGCUAUAGCUGGUGCCAUCAAGAAUGGACAUCGUCUAUUACAGGAUAUAAACUUGAGCUUUUGUGAACUGAGCCAGGAUGUUGCCAUGAUUGUGGCAGACUCUCUUGCCAACAAAGAGGAACUGCGCAAGAUAGACUUGAAUGGCAAUUGUUUUGGAGCGGAAAGCAUAGAGAUGCUGAAGGAAUCUCUGGAGGCUAAGAAUUUGUUGGAUGCCCUGGGGUCUUUUAGUGAAGAUGAGGGUGAUGAUGACGAUGAUGAAGGUGACGAUGAUGAUGGUGGUGAUGGCAGUGGGGAGGAGCCAGCUGAGGAGACCGAGGGAGACGUGAGUACAGACGAGAAAUUGGCUGUGAAGGGAGAGGCCAUUUCCCCACAGAAGACAGAAAAUAAUGAUCAAGAAAAGCCACCACAACCUAUUUUGGUGGAGGAUUUUCUGAAAACACCUACUGGUGAAAAUCUUGUUUCUCUGGGAAAUGACAGAGCUCAGCUCAUUAUAAACUCGUUAGAUAGGGGGUCUCCAGACAGUCCCUGUCCCAUCGAAGAUUUUGCUGCCUUGUAUGCAAAGGUAGCAUCAUCGUAUGUGGAUGACUGCGAUGCUGCAGUGAAAGAAGCAGUGGAAUCCACAGUAGAUGCAUUGUUGAGGCCGUUGUAUGAAGAGAAGCAAGGCAGUGCUGUUUUAAGUCAUAUUCUCAUCCAAGUUGGUUUACUCAAGUCUGAAGAUAAGAAGUUCAAACCAGUCGCUGAUAUAGAGGGACCAUUACUGGCCCUGAGGCAUAUAGCAAAGCAAGACUACUUCCCAAGACCUUCGGCCGAUGUGCUCAUUUCCUUCUUAACAAAACCGAGUCCAGUUCUUCAGGGAAUCAUGGCUAAGGGCAUUAUUCCAAAGAUCCUCCAAGUUUUGCAUACUCUAUAAACUAACAGUGCAUAGGUUUAUAAUCAGUGCAAUGUAUAUUAUACGCUGUAUAGUAUCAUAGUAGUAUCUGAUACAUUUUGUAACCAAAUUAUUGCCAUUCACAGAUUGUUUAUAUUGAAAAAAAAAAUACAAAAAAUAUAUUAUUAGCAUGA